GCCUAAGUCGAUACGGCGGCGACAGUCCUUUACUAGCAACAUCACCGACUUAUCGUACGCAUCGGAUAGUGACGAGACGGAUACAGGAUAUGAUGAGGACGAGGACGAGGGCCUACAUCGCACUCUCGGAGACAUGGGCGUGCUUUCGUCCCCCGUGUCGGAUCGCACCGUUGACUCGCCGCUGCAUCGCCAUCCACGCGAGGUCGAGGGCGAAGACGAAGGCGCACAUCCUGCGGACGUGGUCAACGACGACGCGAUGACCGAGUUUGGACCCAGUCCCAUCAGCACCCGGCCGCUCUCGACGCUCGUCUUCAGCAACAUCUCCCCCGCUGUCGACGACUUCGACAACGGCUAUUCGCCCUAUUCCUCUCGCAGCUCCUCUCCGCUCUCGCCCAUCCGCUACGCGCCGCAGGUCGACUCGGACGACGAGUUUGCCGACGGCGCGGGCUCGGACGCGGACUCGGACGUCUCGUCCAUCAUGUUCGGCGAUAAUCCCAGUCCAACGUCGGGCAGCCCCGUCGACGAGUCACCGACGUCGCCUAUCCGCCUCCCCACCCGCGCGCGGCGGCGCAAGUCGUACAGCGCAAGCACGCGCUCCCGCCGGAGCCUCUCCUCGACGCGCCGCGAGCCACCGAUACCGCGUCGGCGUGUGCGCCCGUCCGCACGGCGCUCGCACUCGGUCGGCAGCCGCGACGACCUCUCGUUCACCUCGCGUCGCACGAGCACCUUCGCGGCCGGCCUGCGCGACGACUUUGGCGGGCGGUACGCGGGGAGCGCCUUUCAGGUCGACUACGACACGCCGAGCACGGCGUCGACGGACCACUCUCAUCAACCGCUGCUCGCGCCUGUGCGCGCGCCGGAGGCUGAGAAAGAGAAGGAGAAGUUCGGCCCGCCGAGCGCGUUCAUGAAGUUUGCGCCGCAGCUGGCGGAGGGCGGCGUCGUGGGGAGCAUCACGUAUGUGACGACGGGCGGGAAGGCGAAGGCACGGGGGCGGUCGGCGUCGCGCGAGCGAAAGGGCCAGCAGGAAGGGGAGAACUCGAAAGAGCGCGAGGAGAAGAAGAAGAAACGCGGGCGUGGGGUUAUGGGGCUCUCCAUGGGCCUCACUGGUGGCGGGAAGGAGAAGGAGGGCCGCGACCGCAGUGCGUCGGGCUCGCUCCCUCCACCACCUCCUUCUGCGCCCAUAGGCUCCCGCGUCGCCGCGCAGAUCCACAUGAUGGACUCCGCCGUGUACCAUGGCACCGACGCGUACCACGAGGAUGCCGCGCAUGCGCACUACGUCGACACGGAUGGCUACCCAACGCAGCCAUUGCCUGGCAUCAAGUACGCGACGACGCGGCACGCCGUGAGCCGCUCGCGCUCGGGCCUGAGCAUUGACACCGCGCACUCGGGUGCGUCGUCCGCGGAGAGCUGGCGCUAUGGCUCGCGUGAGGAGCUCUUCCGGCAAAAGGAGGCUUCGAAAGGCGAGGAGGUGCGGCUGAAUAAGGAGGAUAUGUAUCGGGUCGUGAAUCGAUAGUGAGGGUGGAUGGUUGUGAUGGGGAAGUUGCCGAUGGUGGGUAGAUGUGUUGUGG